AUGGAGGGGGGCCUGGGGAGGACCGAGGGCGCGGCCCCCGGCACAGCCCUGCGCGCAGGAACUGCCGGCCGUCCUCGAGGGCUUUUCACAAGUCAGGAGAAGGCCAUUAGCAUAUGGGAAUCGGAAAAUUUCUUCCUUGACCUGGAGCCUCUCCCGGGGGCUGUGGAAGCUGUGAAGCAGAUGGCCAAGCUAGAAAACACUGACGUCUUCAUCUGCACGAGCCCCAUCAGGAUGUACAAGUACUGUCCCUACGAGAAGUAUGCCUGGGUGGAGAAGCACUUUGGCCCCGAAUUUCUGGAUCAGAUCGUGCUGGCCACAGACAAGACCGUGGUCUCUGCCGACCUCCUCAUAGACGACCGGCCAGACAUCACAGGCAAGUGGCCUGCCGCAGGGGCCGAGCCGCACCCCAGCUGGGAGCACGUCCUCUUCACGGCCUGCCACAACCGGCAUGUGCAGCUGCAGCCCCCCAGCCGCAGGCUGCACUCGUGGGCGGACGACUGGAAGGCCGUUCUGGACAGCAAGCGGCCCCGCUGAGCUGGACUGUGUUCUGGGCGCCUCCGCGGGGGCCCCCGGCCUCAGGGCUCCCAGCUCAGGGCCCCGGGGGCUAGUGCUCUGGCCCAGGGGCUCCUUCUUGGAUGUCCCAGGCCCACUGCAUGUGGCCCCCCCCUUCCCCAGCCCUGCCAGGCCUUAAACUGAUCUUGGAGCAGGGCUGGCCCCAGGGCCCUGGACAGGCAAGUACACCCGGGGGGUGCAGACUGGCCUCAGGCCACAACCAGGCUGCCCGGAGCUCGGGGCUCCAGACCGGAAGGAGCCGAGGGUCCAGCAGGUGUCCCCCACCCUCAGGGAAGCCCCCCCUCCUGGGUCUGUGGCCCAUGGGCGAGGGCGCUGGCAGUGAGGUGCUUCCAGAGCGAGAGGGCCUGAGCCCUCAUUCUGAGCUGCAGCCCCUUCCCUGCCUGCCCAUCUGGUCCCCGUCCCCCUAGGGACCCAGCGUGGAUUCAGCAAAUGCCAGAAUUCCAGGGCACACCGGUCUCCAGGCACCACCCCCUGACCUGCCUUUGACCAGCUCAGAGGUUCCCUGUCCUCCGGCCCGGGCCCUGCUCCGCCCCGGCGAGGCUGCCCGGCGGAGUCCGCAGCCGGAACGUCUGUUGAAGGCCUGGAAAAUAAAUGCUGUUCACGUGUCGCUCGAG